UUUUCACGCGAAGGCCGUAUCUCGAUUUCUCUAAGGACGGAACAAGGUCAAGAUGUCCGAUAUUAUUGUCCUCAUCUAUACACAUAAACACAGCGCACCCUCACCAUCUUCACCACUUUAUUCCGAGCGUCAUGCCCUGUUCUCUCCUUCCGUCUCUCCUGCUCUCCUGCUGAGAUAUCUCAUGCUCGUCCUUCCUUAUUCUCAUGGGCAACCAACCUUGUCGCUACACGCGUUCAUCAGGAGAUCGUAUCGUGAGCCAUACCGUUCUUAA